UCCAGCCGUAAACGUUAUCGAAACUGGCAACGCGCAAAUCAAGCUGUUGGCCACCAUGGUGACCAAUGCGACGAACAACAACAAUCUGCAGGCGAACAACAACAGCUCCACGCCAAACAAUAAUAACGAUGACUUUGACAUUGACCAAGACGAUGGCCUCCAGGAUCUGGGCUUGCCGGUGUCCGUGCAAACAUUCCUGUGGCGUCAAAUAGCGCCAUUCAUCAGACCGCGACUCGGCAAACUGCAUGAGGCCAGUUGCAUGUUUUGUCAACACGCACCGGGACACCAUGAAUCGAAAGAAGCCUGCAAGUCCUUUGAGAAGGUUCUGGUGCAGAACAUUCAGUUUGGUCUGUCCCCACCACUGACCAAAGCUCUGGGCGCCAUCCCCCGCUGGCGUCUCCUACAGGGCGCCCUACCUCAUGUCAUGCACGCCUGCGCAGCUCUUCUCUUUAGCCGCGUGAAGGACAUGCAGGCAAUUGGGCCAGUUGAGACAAAAUUGCUGUAUACCAUGCAAUGGAUAUUACUGUAUGCCGCCGAGGAAUGCGCCGAUGAUGAGGGUGGCGAUGAUCUCGGCCUGGGAGAUGCUGCUGAUCCUAAGCCCAAGGUUUUGGAUCAGUAUUUGUUCUCGGUGCCAACUAUAACGCUCUUUGUGUACUUGUUUGCGCCCAUAAUACAUCAUCUGAAAGAAUCGGACUUUCAAAACUUUCGCCUUGAGAAUGGCAUUAAACUGUGGCAGGGCAUGUGGGAUAAUCGGGCACCAGGCGCACCCUGUUUCACAGCACCCGUUAAGCCCAAGGCGCGCAAUUUGCUGUGCGCACCCACUCCAAAAGGUUCGACGGAUGUGUUUCAGGGUCGAAAGCAUUCGCUGGGCCCCGAUGCCGCUUCACCCAAGGCGGACUCGCCUCAAAGCGGCAUCACCGACUAUGGCCAGCAGGAUGAUGAGGGUUCCUGGGUGUCCUCGCCCAAGGAGUUCUUUCCAGAGACCAUUCCCGAAGAAGCCUCCAGCAUUGAAGAUGAACGUGUCGUAAUCUUUAGGCUGCCCUCAGCACCACAACUCAUGGAUAACUCCUUCUUUACGGCCGAUGCCAGUUUGCUGCAACAGCAACAACAGUCACAGAGUCGCCGGGGAAGCCAUCAGUCGAUGAAUUCACGGGAGAAGGAUAAGGUGCCCUCGACCAAGUUUGAGUUCGACCAGCAGGAAUUGACACGUGGCGCCUCCAUGAAGGAGAAACGCAGCGCCUCCAUUGAGAAAGAGUCGGAUACGGUCAAUUCGGAGAGUGCCAAAGCUGAUGUUUCAGCUGCCACCUUUCUGGAUGUGUCCGUAAUGCGUUGCCUGUUCAUCUCGCACUGGCAGGAGGAGGGGAUCUUCUGGAGCCUGCAAUAUCUUUACAACAGACUCACUGAAAUUGGCGAUGAGGCAGCAAUAACAUUAAAUCAACCGCGAAAACGUUCUAACUCGCUGCCCAUACCACAAAUUGAGAUCUCCCUGUACCAGGGACCCGGCAGCAACAGUCGCGAUAGUCCGGGCAGCUCCGUGGUCAAAGACUACAUUGAAAUACCCGAGGCAGCGGCAGCCCAGCCUACAACUACACAAGUUGAGGAAACGCAGAGCAAUCCUAGCAAUUCGGAGCGUCGAGGUAGCGAGAAAAAGAAACGCGUCAAGAUGGCUGAUCUGAGGGCCUUUGUGGAGACGAAAAUGUUCUCGAAAUCGGAGAAGAAUCUGGAAAAAGUAGGGCUCGAUACAAACUCUGCCAAUGGCAAGAUUCCACUGCAACAUGCAGAAUACCAUCGCAGCCUCGAUACGGGUGAGAAGAAACUGUCACGAUCUGCUUCGAUGAUCACCCGAGAGCCCUCCAGUAAUCUCAUCAAGGGAAAGUCUAUGCCCAGCUUAAGCUGUCUGCUUGAUAGCGGAUCUUACAGAUAUGUUGAGCCACCCAAGGCAACCGCCAGGCCACCACUGGCCACGUGCCCGCGUUCCGCGUUCUAUCCACGCAAUCCAAUUAUUACCGUAACAGAGCACACGCCCACACCCUCACCGGACUACAUGAAGCGGCAGGGCUCCAUCGAUUCGCAAUUGGAUGCACUUAGUAAUGGCGGCAGUGUUGCCGGUGCGGGUGGCAAUGGUAGUGCUGGUGGUGGCAGCUCCACCACUCGCUACCGUGGACCCAUGCUGCGCUCGCAUACGGAUUCCCAUAUUGACUACACAGGCGUUGAUGAAUCGGAGGCGCCGGGCUCAUCCUUCUAUAUAACGCGCGAUGGCGGCAUUGAUUAUGAGAUUGUUCUGCUGGCCGUGAGCAGCGUGUUUAAGCGAGAUCCAUCGCAGCUCUGCUCGCUGCGCGUGCUCGAGGCAGGCCUCAACAUCUGUGAGCUACUCAUCGAGAUGGGUGUGCUGAAACUGGGCGAGCAUGCCCACGAGAUCUCCAUGGGCAUAACACGGCGUGCUCUCCAGGUCCUCGGCUGCCCGCAUGGCUGCAACGAUGGUGUUCGAGGACCGCCCGCUGAUUUUCUACGCAAUCAAUGCCAGAAGAUUCUGUCUAGGAUGCUGCGACAGGCUGGUCAGCGCACAAAGCGUUAUCUGCAGGAGAUGGUGAAGACCUCACCACUACUGGAUCUCAUCGAUUACUUCCAUGCGUUUCUGGCCUUCUGCGUGGAUCCCAGUUCUCUGUUGUCGCCCUUGACUCAUAAACGUCAGAGUGGAUAUAAAAAUGUUAACACCGAUCUUGGCGGUGUACCAGGUCAGGGCGGGUAUUCCACAAAUUUUAGCGGCGGCAUGAGCGGUGGCGCCGAGGGUCAAGUGGUUGGCGCCGUCUUCAAACAGCUCGUCAGUCGAUUCGUUGAGGCCAGCAAGGAUCUGAAAUCGCCCGAGAAUGUUGCGCUCUAUGGGGACAUCCGACAGCUGGUCACCUACGUGAAGGGCGCCCACGGCGGACCCUUUCGCCUGGUCGCACUCAGCGGCAUUUUGGCAGUGACGCCGCGUCCACACAAGAAGGGACCCACGGCACAGACGACCAGAGUGAUCAGGCACAUACCCCAGGCAGAUGUGCCGCAUGUGGUGCAAAAUGAUGACAAAAGCUCGCAGCGGCGUCUGCUUUUAAAGAAACGGAGCACAUCCUCCGCCUGCGCCGUGAGCCUGCUGGAGACGGAGCCCUGCGAGGAGCACUACAAGACGAGCCAAUCGCCGUUGAGCAACUUUAGGCGUCGCACCACCGGAGUGAGGCCAACGCUGACACCGCGGCACAGCGAGCGGGCGCUGCUAUCCGAUUCCACGUCCAGCUCGGAACGCAAUUCGCUGGGACGGCUCAGCGGCUUGGUGCGCUGGUUCCGCGGCACACCCAAAGAGGCGUCGUCGAUUGAUUUGGAGAUAGGCUCGCUAAAUCCAGAGAUAUCGUCCACAUUCAUGCGGCACGCCUCGCUGAAGAUCCAACGGGGUCGCUCCAGCGAUGGCAUCGGCCGUUCCAUUCAGCGCGCCAAGCGACGCGUCGAACGACGGCUGAACCGUUUCGGUGGCAUUGUGAAGGGCAAGAAGAAGGUGGGCGGCAUCGAAGAGACAGCGGACUACAGCCGACGCAGCUCCUCCGACAUGUGCGACGGUCCACGCGAGUCCGAGGUGGUCAUACUCAAGGAGCGCAAACUGGUGCCCAUUGAACCGGUUCGCAUCGGAAUGCUCCGACUCUCGUUUCUACUGGAGACUUGUGCGCCUGGUUCAUUUCCCGAUCCGCAGCUGGUCGCCGCCGUCUUGGAUUUGCCGCAAGCACCGCUGGUGACGCGGGCGACUUUUCUGCUGGAGUGCGCUCAUUUUGUGCACCUGUGCAACAAGGGGCAGUGGCCCAUUUGGAUGAAGCAGAAUGUGGGCGGCUAUCGUGCCUCGGGCGCCAACAUCAAUCCCGCCCAGAUGCGGCAACAGGUCAGCCAGUCCAGCGCCCGGCGCACCCACAUCCUACUCCGCGCAGCCGGCAAAAUGUUCCAUCAAUGGGCAGAGAUGGUGGGAGCGCGUCUCGAGGAGAUCUUGUUUACCGAACGACUACAGUACGAGGCGCUCAACGCGAGCCUCACCGAUCCGGAGAAGCAGCGCGAACUACUGCAGCAGGAUGAGGAGGAGGAUUUCCUGGACGAGACCUCUGUCAAUCCGCAUGGCAAUGACUGUCCGCAUGCCUUGAAACUGAUCGCCUGCGUGCUGCUCUUCGAGAUCACCGCCUUUCUGCGGGACACCUACAUCACGCUGCCCAAGACCUCGAAGAUGUUGCACAGGGACAGGCCCGCACCUUGGGAGAAGGUGUAUCGCGAGGCCAAUCGCCGCUGGUCCAUGGCGCUCAGUUCCAUGGGUCACUCGCAGACCUCGGCACAAAGCCUGCAGUCGAUAGCAGCAGGCAACGAUGGCGCUGGCCAAACGGAGCGCAAAAUAUCCUUUGUGCUGCACGAACCGGACAACGAGUCCGAGAACAGCAGCAACACCACUCUAACCAAGGAGGGCGAGGAGGUAGCUCGACGUCCCACUGCAUCGGCGGUGCGACCAUUUUUGUUGCGACGUGGCACAGCCACCACAACGGGUGGUUCCUUCAAGAGGCGCUCCCUGAAGCUGCGCCGCAACACCAAGGACAGCAAGGAGAUCGAAACAGAUUUCAAUAUGGCGUCGAGACGUAAGGUUUCCUCUCUGUCGGACCGCAGCGAUACAUCGGAGCAGGGUAUGGUUAGCGGGGGCGAGGAAUCGCCGGGCAUACUCAGCGAUGAUCAGCAGCCGGAAUCGCCGACAGACUCCAAUGAGAACGACGACACGGCCAAGAACAUGCCCUGGCUAAAGGCAGUCAUCGACUUGAUCACCAGCUACAACUACUACUGCACCCACAAGGGUUACUGUCAUCCCUUCUGCUACAAGCGUCACAUGCGCUCCUGCACGAGGCUUAUUAAAGCAACCCGCAAGAUUUAUGGCGAGGAGUUUGGAUUCACUUUUGAUGCAGAUCAUCCCACUGUGGAGCCUACGGUAAUAAGUACCGCGAAGCCAUCAGCUCGAGCCCGUUCGACGCGCAAGGUAUCGGAGCAAAGUUCAACGCAAACCUCUCCGUCUAAGCGUAAGGACAGUCUGUCCCGCAAGGAUCGCAUUAGCGACGAUCCGGACAUUGAGAUGGCUGAGAAGCUAGCGCGAGCCUUCCGCCAGGAGAAAGAAAAAAAGCUGCAGGAAGAGCCACCAAUAUUGAAAUUCAUACGAAUUCACAUACGCAAUCUGUUCCACUUUCCACUGGCCACAAUGCUAAAGGGAGCGGUGGUGCUCAGCGAGGAGCUGGUCAUCGAGGCCAUGCCCGCCGCCUGGGAACUGCUACUGGAAACCAAUCAUGACACGGCCACCUCCAGUGCCGCCGUCUUCCUGAUGGGCUCCGUGAAGGCGCAGAACUUCGCCUUUGACAUUAUGCAACGGGCGCUGAAGCACAAGAAUCCUGAUAUACGCAUUGGGGCGAUUCAGCGGUAUCUGGUGCUAUGGAAAUGUCGCUUCCAUGUCUGGCCGCGCAUGGAGGAUAAUGCACAUGAUGCCACCUUCAAGGUGCCACCGGGCGGCAUUGAGUUUACACUGCCCUCACCCAAGAUUGGCAUCGAAAGUCUGCCCGUUGUUGAUCCACCCUGGAUGCCCGUGCAGCAGACAAAGGACAUGGACAUGACACUCAACCAGGACCGACAUCGUUCCUUGGUGACUGCCACAAAGAGCCGCAAGAUGCAACAAACGGAGGCGAUACGCAACGCUCUGCGACAGCAGCGGGACAAGCAGCGUGCGGAGCGACACAGUUUCCUAAUCACAAUGAUACCAAUAAGUCAACAGGCCUCCCAUGAGCCGGGCAUGGAGCACGAGGAUCACGAGAUCGAGGAGGAUCUGGAUGGCACACGCACCUCUUCGCAUCUGCAUCACGCCCAUUCGCUGUUCCCAUCGGUGUUGUGCUCCUCGGUCAUGCAGAUUGUGGGUUGUUUGGAUGAUGCAGCUAUUGGCUCCGAUGGUAAUGCUGUGUAUGAGGUGGCCUAUCAGGUGAUCUGGGUGUGCCUGGUCGAGGAGUCGGCAUUGUUCCUGCGCUAUGUGUUCGAGCGACUGACUCGCGAUCGUCAGGAUCAGAUGUUCAAGUUGCUGCGACAUCUGAUUCGCUUUGUGCCACGCCUGCCGCAACAGGCGGCCUUUGCUCUGUACAACUCCAUCAUUGGCUACAUCAUGUUCUAUGUGCGCUCCUCCAACGAGCUCAAGCAGGAGCUUGUGGGCUCUGCUUUGUCGGUGCUGUGGAUGGUGGUGCACUCGGUGCAUGGCAUCAUGUUCAAGGAUCUGAAACAGAUACUGCGCAAGGAGCAGUGCGAUGCAUCCAUUCUGCUCACAGCCAAUGUGCCGGCCGCCAAGAAGAUCGUGGUGCAUGGCCCAGCGGAUGAUGACUACAAUAUACCCUCACAAUUUCCCGUGCAGGAGGACACUUUGUUCUGUCAGCUGCUGAAGGAGGCACUGGACUAUUAUCCCAUUGAUGAGAAGAGCAUCACGCACUACUGCCUGGUGGACUACAAGAGCAGUAAAAUACUAAAUCCCAAUUGGUAUAUAAGGGACUUGUAUUUCUUCAAGCGCUCCCAGUAUCCGGAGGUGCGUCUAAUGCUCAUGCGUCCGGAGGAAUCAUUUCUGGCGCUCCAAAAACAGGAGUUGACCAAGAAGUUUGUCGAAAUUGGCAAGGUGCAUCUGACGUGGGCGAUUCUAAAGAAUGUGGACAUGGUGGUGCAACGUGUUGUCUUCCUGCACGAGGAGCUGAUGAAGCUGCCCUCGUUCCCCCGAAAGGCACUCGAAGUGGACCUGGAUCUGCAUCAUGGCGGCGAAUAUGGCCAAGUGCUGCUCGGCUUGGAUGUGCUGCACAAGUUUAUGUGGGUGCGUCUAAUUGCCCGCAUGUUUGAGGCAAUGGCCGGAAAUUUUGCCUACUCGGCGGACAUACAACUGUUCCUCAAUGUGCUGUCCGGUGCGUCCAUACUGCAUGCUGAGGAUUCGUGCAUUAUGCGCUAUGUGAUGGCCACAUUCAUCAAUGCCGCAUUCAACUUUAAGAACAUCUUCUCCACAAAUGGCUACUUUAUGAUUAUGCCCACAUUGCUGCAGGUCUACUCGCUGCAUCAGACCAACAAGCUAAUUACCACCACCAUCGAGUAUGCCGUCAAGCAAUUCUAUCUGCUCAAUCGGAAGCCCUUCAUUCUACAGAUGUUUGGUUCGGUGUCGGCCAUCCUCGACACUGACGAGGAUGGCACCUAUGGCGAGGCGCACAAGGUGCAAUCGAGCUGCCUUUUCAAUCUGCUGCUCAGUCUUGAGGAUCCCUCACCGGAUCCCCUCAACAUUGCCGAGCUGGUCAAAGAGCCCAAGCCACUGAAGGCCAUCGAUUUCUGUUACCACGAUGAGGACGACGAUGUCACCGUGCUCGACUGCAUCACCUUGUGCGUGAUGGUCGUCUCCUAUUCGGCGGAGAGCACACGUGGCUACCAAAUGCUUAUCAUUCUGGAGGCCAUAUUACCCUGUUAUCUGCAACAGAUUCAGUCGCCCAGCUAUAUUCCGCUGCAGGGUAAAUCGGAGCGAGACAUUAUACUCCAGUUGGCUGUGGCCAUACGGACCAUGGUGCAUAACUGCGAGGGUCUGGCCAAGAGCUACAACGGACCCUAUCGCAACAGUCCGGAGCACAAGGGCUCCUCGCAGCGCAACUGCAGUCGCGGACCGCCAUGUUCCCCGGGCAUGGACUUUGAGGAGGAGUCGCACACAAAGUACGCAACAGAUCCGCGCACCAAGAACAUGAUGGACUCCGCCGAGGAUUCGGAGAUGAUACGCACCGAGUAUCGGCGGCCACGAGACGUGCUGCUCUCCGUCGUCGCGGAUUUCCUAACCAAGUCCACCACACGGCUGGGUGAGCUGGCCAAGAAGCUGCCGGCUAACGAUAGCAAACUCAGCGAGGUGCUGGACGCCAAGUGUCACAUUCGUCUGGCGGAUAUCGCGCACUCGCUGCUCAAGGUGUCACCCUAUGAUCCGGAGUCGAUGGCCUGUCGGGGCUUGCAGCGCUAUAUGCAAUCGGUGCUGCCACGGGCCGAGUGGUCAAAUGAUACACUGAGGAAUGCACUUGUCACUGUGCUGCGUCGCAUCGAUAAGGUGUUCCUGAAGAUCUCGAAGAAGCCAUCGAUUCGUCGCAAUACGGAUUGGGAGGCGGCAGCCGGGCUGCUCAAGGGUAUACACGAGACGAUCAUCCGGCAUCCGUAUGUGCUGCACUGGCAGCAGAUGAAGACGCUAAUAUCAACGGUGCAGAAUUUGAUUGUCAAUGAGCCGGGCAGCGGGAUACCGGAGGGCGUGUCCAGUGCAGGUGCAGCGCUCAUGUCUCAGAAUCCGCCGGCCUUUUUCUGCUCGGCCGUGGUGCGUCUGGUUGCCCUCCAAGUGGUCAGUCCCGUCGACUGUUUCUCACUCGUCCAGAUAUGUGGCGGCAGCGCCGAGUUUGCCACGCAGGAAAAGGCCGAAGGAUUUCUAAUGCAUCUGAUCAUGCCACUGUGCUUGAAGGUCUGCUCCGGACGCGGUGUCUCCGAUGUCGGUGAGCUCAAGAUGACCGAUGUCACCUUCCUACUGAACGCCGUGCUCAACGCCAUGAGUCCGCCAGCUGGCCGCACCGGCCAGGUGGUCUCCCAAAUCAAUCGUGUCACCGGUGAUCUGCGCGCCGGCUCCCUCACCUUCACCGGUAGCCGGGAUGCUAAGCGCCCGGCUCGCAUCUCCGGCUCUCUGUAUCAGGCCGCGUUCCUCGCUCUGCGCAUCGUCUGCAUCUGUUUCGAGAAUCGCCUGUCCAGCGAUUGGCCGCGCAUUGUCCGCGUAAUGCGCGACUUGGGCAGACGCAACGAGGCUGCUCCCGAUCUGUGGAGCUUCAUGGAAUUCGUGGUCACCCAUCGCACGCCCCUCUACAUUGUCCUGCUCCCCUUCAUUUUGCACAAGAUAUCGCAACCGCCAAUUGGCGAUCACGAGCGGCACAUGCAGUUCAUCAUCAGGGAGCGACUGCGCGGAACUCCGCCCCAGGGUGGACUCAAGUCGAAGGGGGCGCUGCUGCUGGAGCUGGCACGCGAGCUGCGCGACUUGCGGGACGAGCUGGAGGACAAGCGAUAUGUUUCCACAGAUCGCGAGAGUUCCGAGCAGAAGAAGAGCGAUACGCCGGCAGCAACCAGUGCAGCCGAUGCACACAAAUCGCAGCAGAGACCGUCGCUGAUCUCCAUUUUCACGGGCACCACAACGGGACAGGCCACACACUCGCACGUCUCGGCGGUGCCCAUUGAUUCGCGCAGCGGCUCGGGCGGCAUAUGUACACCGAGCGAUACGCUCUCGCAGCAGACGUUGCAUCCACCGCGCGAAUCCCUGUCGAGCAGCUCGACGGGCCGCGAUCCGCACACCACAACCAGUGAGAGUCACAGUGGCGAGGGAGCUGCUGGCUCAGCGCCCACGCUGGUUGGUCAAGCGCCAGGCAGCGGACCCAGUGGCUCCGGCCAUGGCAUGAACAUUGCAUCGGCCUUGCCACCGGGCGUCGCCUCACAGCUGUCCCACUCGCAAUCAUUGCAACAAGCACCGUUUAAGGCACAGCCGCCGAAGCUGCGCUUUGUGUCAUCGGUGGAGUUUCGACACUCGUCGGGCGAGACCUCAACCACGCCGCUGUCACCGGAGAGCCCUGCCGAGGACAGUUCCGGGGAUCACACACGCUCGCGCCUGCAACGCUCCAAGGCGGCCAGUCGCAAGACUUUUCGACUCAAGCGCAGUCGUCUGACGCCCAUGGAGCCGCCCAGCAUUGUAACAUCACUCUCCCAGGAGGAGCAUCAGCCGAAAGCACUCGGCGAAAUAUCUUGGGACUCGGUCUCACAGACGUCGUCCACAUCCGGCUAUCGGGAUAACAACAGUCUGCAGACGGGUCUGCUUUCGCCAGACGGUUCGCUCGGCGGUCUUACUUUGGGCCGUUCGCCCUCGCAGCACUCGCUCCUGAUGGUCUUCGAGGGGCAGGACGAGGACACACUUAUUUAACAAUCACAGAACGGCGACCGGGCCUACGAGCUUUAGGACAGCCUAAAUUAAUACAAAAAUAUAAACUGAAAUUUAGCACCGAACUUUUAGCUAGCCUUAACAAUUGGUAGACAUAAAUAUGAAUAUAGAAAGUUGAUGUUAAGUUUUACAUAUAGCAUAGUAGUUGUUUCCCCAUUAUGUGCCCAGAUUUUGUACGUUUCUUGUGUAGCUGAAUAAACAGUUCAAUAAAUAAACUUCGUAGUCGUUCUAAGAAGCCAAAUGUUGCCA